AUGAUUUCUGAAGAAAAUCAAGAGAUAAGUAACUCUGAGCCUACAGUAUACAAAGAUGAUUCGAAUAAAGAUCGCCCCUACGUACAACACUGUGAAGUUCCUAGGUGUAAAGACGAGGUAUGGGCUGCUUGCCCAAAGUGCUUACGUUUGUUGUGCUGGACGCACUUUAUCGAAAAUGGUACUUGUGACAAAAUGCAUUCGCUUUUGCCAGCUGCCGCGAAACAAAAUAUUGUCGAAAUACCAGAACAAUUCGUCGUUGAAGGAAACAGUAGAGAAAACGAUUCCGAUUUGUUUGUAAAAAGCGUGAAAACAUCAAGCGGAAGGCCUCUCGAUUUAGAAAUAGGGGAGAAGCUUACAUAUCUUACAAAACUAAAUAAGAGGUACCUGCUAGAAGAGUUGAUAAAUCCAGAUGUAAUAGUAGCACAUGCAAAAAAAAUUGGAAAAAAAUGUGACCAAAUAACGGAUGAAAUAGACAACAAAUUCUCAACGAUUUCUGGAGUACAGGGGAUUUACAGGCUUCAAACAGAAUCUAUCACCGCUUAUAUAAACGGGAAUAGACGAAACAAAAAACUACAAGUAGUGACCAUGAUUCCCGACGAGCAAAGAGUAAUUAUUACUUUAUACCAGAAGGUGAUACACGAGUUUCUGUGUGCAAAACAAUGUUCUUAA